AUGCCCUCUGAUUAAAAGCACGUUUAACCAUUUAAGACCCAUUUUUCCACGCGUGGAGCUCCAGGCGGUCUUCUCUUUUUUUCCCUCUGCUCGAGCUGUCGUCAUGAGCUCUCUCUCAGUGAUGGGUUGUCCCAUCUGAGUCCAGUCCACUUCAGUCCAUCAGAACUCUGCAGAAACUCUCGGUGUCCUUCAGUCUGGAGUUUGAGAGCCGCUCGCAAUGCUCCGCAGGUCCGUGCAACUUUCUCCAGCACACCGUUCCUCAUGAACCUCGUCCAGGAGGAAAGUUUCCAGUGUACUUCCAGAAGAAAACUCUCGUGCAUUGGCUCUCACCGCCACAGCUAUGGAUUAUAUAUAUCUAAUCAUGUACUGUACGAUAAACCUCUUAUUUAUGGACUAUAGGCAUGCUGCAAAAUCUCAUGGGAGUCCCUCCGGUAAACUGAGUGAAUUCGGUCUGAUAGUCCCGUUCAGCACUGACGCGCGCGGCCGGUUCGUUUCUCACGUGCUUUCCGCGAGAGCGUCACCGACCGGCAGGAAACGGGUCCCGCGCGACGCCCCCGUUACGCCUCACACGGCCCUGAACGCGCAACAGCUGUUCUUCAACGUCACAGUGUUUGGAAAAGAGCUGCACUUGCGCCUGAGGGCCAACAGGAGACUCGUGGCCCCUGGAGCUUUUGUUCAGUGGCAGGAGGAUUUUGAGGAACAGGCCAAAGAGCGGAUCCUGGGAGACUGCGUGUUUACCGGGGAUGUAACGGAUGUACCGAGGGCCUCGGUGGCCAUCAGUAACUGUGAUGGACUGGCCGGCUUGAUUCGCACGGAUGAGGAAGAGUUCUUCAUCGAGCCGCUGGAGAAAGGUCAGCAGGAGGUGGAGGUCAAAGGUCGUGUCCAUGUGGUCUACCGGAGGUCGGCCAUCAAAAGGGACAAGGACCAGAGGCGAGAUGACCUUCACAAUGAAGUCACAGACUUUGGUAUCGGCGAGCUGCCCAACGCUCUCAACAUGUUGGAGGAGAAACUGUCGGAGACGGAGCGCAAACGCAGACACGCCAAGAAAGACGACUACAACAUCGAGGUGCUGCUCGCCGUGGACGACUCGGUGGUGCGCUUCCACGGAAAAGAGCACGUGCAGAACUACGUCUUGACGCUGAUGAACAUCGUUGAUGAAAUCUAUCACGACGAGUCUCUGGGAACCAACAUCAACAUUGUUCUGGUCCGAAUGAUCCUGGUGGGAUAUCGUCAGUCCAUCAGCCUGAUUGAGCGUGGGAACCCGUCCCGGAGUCUGGAGCAGGUUUGUCGCUGGGCAAACACCCAGCAGAGGCUCGACCCCGAGCACGCCGAGCAUCACGACCAUGCUAUCUUCCUCACCAGGCAAGAUUUUGGCCCCGCAGGUAUGCAAGGUUACGCCCCGGUAACAGGCAUGUGCCACCCCCUGCGGAGCUGCACGCUCAACCACGAAGACGGCUUUUCCUCUGCCUUUGUGGUGGCGCACGAAACCGGACACGUGCUGGGAAUGGAGCAUGAUGGCCAGGGGAACCGCUGCUCGGACGAGACCAGUAUGGGCAGCAUCAUGGCUCCACUGGUCCAGGCCGCGUUUCAUCGCUACCAUUGGUCCCGCUGCAGCAAACAGGAGCUCAACCGUUACAUCCACUCAUACGACUGUCUUCUGGAUGAUCCCUUCGAGCUGAAAUGGCCCAAACUAACAGAGCUUCCUGGGAUAAAUUAUUCCAUGGAUGAGCAGUGCCGCUUUGAUUUCGGUGUGGGGUAUAAGAUGUGCACCGCCUUCCGUACGUAUGACCCGUGUAAGCAGCUGUGGUGCAGUCAUCCUGACAAUCAGUACUUCUGUAAGACCAAGAAGGGCCCACCAGUUGAUGGGACGGAGUGUGCGCCGGGAAAGUGGUGUUUUAAGGGCCACUGCAUCUGGAGGUCAUCUAAUCAGCCCUACGGUCACGACGGAGGAUGGAGCUCCUGGGGAAAGUUCGGCUCGUGUUCUCGUACCUGUGGAGGAGGCGUUCGGUCCCGCAGCCGCCAGUGCAACAACCCAAUGCCUGCAUACGGAGGUCGUGAUUGUCCCGGUACAACGUUCGAUUAUCAGGUGUGUAACACAGAGGACUGUCCCGGUCCAUACGAGGACUUCAGAGCACAGCAGUGUGUCCAGCGCAGCAACAAAUACCACAAUAACAUCAAACACACGUGGCUGCCAUACGAACACCCUGAUGAGGCUCAUAAGUGUGAGUUGAGCUGCCGCUCUAAAGAGACGGGUGAAGUCGUGUUCAUGAACCAGGUGAUGCAUGAUGGGACACGCUGCAGUUACACGGAUUCGUUCAGCGUCUGCGCUCGAGGAGAGUGUCUGAACGUCGGCUGUGAUAAGGAGGUGGGAUCGUACAAACAGGAGGAUAAAUGCGGCGUCUGCGAGGGCGACAACUCACACUGCCGAACCGUCAAACUCACGCUCACCAAAACCCCGAAGAAGACAGGUUUGCUGAAGAUGUUUGAUAUUCCUGCUGGUGCUCGGCACAUUGUGAUCGAGGAGAACGAAACGUCGCCUCACGUAAUUGCCGUUAAAAAUCAAGUCACGGGAAGUUUCAUCUUGAACGCCAAGGGAGAAGAAAUCACAUCCAAAGCUUUCAUUGAGAACGGCCUGGAGUGGGAAUAUUCCCUGGCAAACGGCAAAGAGUCGCUGAAGACGGUCGGGCCGCUGCACGAAGGCAUCGUGGUGCUGAUCGUCCCGCAGGCAGAGGACACCAAGAUCAGUCUGAGCUACAAAUACAUCAUCCAUGAAGAUCUUCUGCCGGUCAUCACUAACAACAACGUGCUGCUGGCCGAACUGGACACGUACGAAUGGGCGCUGAAGAGCUGGUCGCAGUGCUCCAAACCCUGCGGUGGAGGUGUCCAGUACACUAAAUACGGCUGUCGGAGGAAGAGCGACGGGCGUCUGAUUCAGAGGAACUUCUGUGACAUCAGUAAAAAGCCCAAACCCAUCCGUAAACGCUGCAACACCAACAGUUGCAGCCAGCCCACGUGGGUGCUGGAGGAGUGGGGUCCAUGCAGUAAGUCCUGCGGGAAGCAGGGAUAUCAGUCUCGUGUGGUCCAGUGCAUGCAGCCGCUCCAGAACGGCACCAACAGACCCGUUCAGACUAAAUACUGCAGCGAGGAGCGUCCUGAGACCCGCAGAGCCUGUAACAGCAGCACCUGCCCGUCUCAGUGGAGGACCGGAGCCUGGUCACAUUGUUCGGUGAGCUGCGGUGAAGGGAUCCAGCAGCGUCAGGUCAUCUGCUCCGGACAGUGUGAUGCAAACAAACCCGAAUCCGUGUCCGUCUGCAAGCUUCCUCCCUGCACAGGAAAUGUGUCUCUGUGGUGUUUUUCCCCAGGAGAACCGUCUUUACCCAGUCCCACUAAAGAUUCCCUGGAGAAUUUGACCACUGAGAAGGAGAAACUACCGGAAAACACUCUGGAUAAAGUCUCUAACGAGCCGUGUUUGGGUGAUAAGUCCAUCUUCUGUCAGAUGGAGGUUCUGGCGCGUUACUGCUCCAUCCCGGGAUAUCAGAAGCUCUGCUGCGAAUCCUGUAACAGGAAGUUGGGUUUCAGUACGGUUUCUCCAGACGUUCAUCCUCCCUUCUCUUGGCUCCCGGAUUUCACUUUCCCUCAUCUACUUCAAACGAAUCCCGCCCCGACACAACAGAUGCAGCCUCAGACGUCUGUAUCUCCAUCUACACACAUAUUUAGACCACGACCCACUUCCUCGAGCCCGAAAGCGGACGGGAGCACGUCUCAUCCAGAGCUCGUCACCUCACUUCUACCUCCAGACGCACUCCAGAGCCAGAGCACCACUGUGGACUCGCCGGUCACAUGAUCGCCGACCAAUAAGACAGCAGCUAGCGGUUACCUCAGAACGAACUACGUUACCCACAAUCCUCUGCUCCGUGUGUUGAAAACGGUGAAAGGUGCUGUUCUUGAAACGCAGUGGCCGUCAGUGUGUGUGUGUUCAGGACUACUCUUCACUUUUUAGCGUGUUUGUGGCUGUAGCACGUCGUUAUUCGCUAUUCGUUAUUUUGAGUCUAGCUGCGUACGUUUGCUUUGUAACUCUGACGUAGUUUUGUGAUUGACUUUAGCAGAGUUUUUGUUGGAGAUUCAAUGUGAAAAUAUUACCAAAAUGUGCAGCACGUGACAGAGCACAUAAUUUUAAUACACCGCUUAUCGAAAACUAUUACAAAUCGUUUUUGGAAAUUAAGUAAAAUAAAUAGUAGCUUAGUAAAAUCAUUAGAAGAAAUGUUGUCCUGGCAAUUAACUAAAAUAUUUUUAGGUACUAAAAAUUUACAAUGAAAAAAAAUAAAGAUAUAUAUAUAUAUAUAUAUACACUAUAUAUAUAAACAUACAAAUUAGAAAAGCACAUAACAAAAUUACUAAAAAUGAAAAUAUAAAAAUAAAAGCUUAUUCAAAAUAUAAAGAGAUAUUGAAAUAAAAUAUGCAUUUUUAUAUUUUUUAUAUAUAUUUAUGUAUAUUUAGAAAUAUAUAUAUAUAUAUAUAUAUAUAUAUAUAUAUACACUAAUAACUUGUAAUGUUUUAAAGAAAUCUCUUCUGCUCAUCAAGGCUGCAUUUAUUUGAUUAAAAAUACAGUAAAAAAAAACGUUAAUCUCGCAAAAUAUUACAAUAUAAAAUAAUGGUUUCUAUUUUAAUAUCCUUUAAAAUCCUUUAAAUAUAAUUUAUAUGAUUUAUAUUUUUUUAAUUAAUAAAUCGUUGCUAUUACUUCUUGUCAAUUUAACAAAUUCUUAAAAAAAAAAAAAGUAAAAAAAAAAAAUUGACCACCAAACUUUUGAACUGUAGUGUAAACUGUUAGAAAAGAUUUCUAUUUUAAAUAAACGCUCUUCUUUUUAACUUUUUUAUUCACUGAAGACUGGAGUAAUGACGCUGAAAAUGCAGCUGCGCAUCACAGGAAAGAGAUUUUAAUAUCAAAAUUUUUUCCAUGUGUAUUUUUGAUUACCGUAUUUUUCGGACUAUAAGUUGCACCUGAGUAUAAGUCGCAUCAGUCCAAAAAUACGUCAUGAUGAGGAAAAAAACAUGUAUAAGUCUCACUGGACUAUAAGUCGCAUUUAUUUAGAAACAAGAACCAAGAGAAAACAUUACCGUCUCCAGUCGCGAGAGGGCACUCUAUGUGUUCAGUGUAGACUACAGGAGAACUGAGCAGCAUAGAGCGCCCUCUCGUGGCUGGAGACGGUAAUUUUUUCUCUUGGUUCAUUUCUCUUGGUUCAUGUCAAAUUAAUUUUGAUAAAUAAGUCACACCUGACUAGAAGUUGCAGGACGAGCCAAACUAUGAAAAAAAGUGCGACUUAUAGUCCGGAAAAUACGGUAAAUAAAUGCAGUUUUGAUGAGCAGAAGAUACUCUUGUAAAAAACAUUUAAAAAAAUUCUGAUCCCAAACUUUUGACCAGUAGUCUAUAUAUAUAUAUAUAUAUAUAUAUACACACACACACACACACACACACACACACACAUAAGCUAAUUGGAAAUAUAUAUAAAAAUAUAUAUAUAAUGCAAAUAUAAAUACAUUUAAUA